CGCCGCUGCAGCUGGAGCUCAGCUGACUGGGCGCAGCGCCAAGCUGAGGCCCUAGCCUUCUCUGGAAAACCUGGCACUUCCCGGUGACAGCGAGCCAGCCUGAGUGGGCUUGCUGCUCAUUCUGCAACCUCUGGGGCGCAGAUGCAGUUGCUUGAGGCACAGGUGCCCAUGGACUGGACAAUGAGGCUGGUGGCAGCAGCCCUGUUUCUGGGCCUCACAGUGGUGGUCACCAGAGCCCAGGUGAGAACGAGCCAGUGUGCAAGCACGCCUGUGCCAGAUGAGGAUGCUGGCUUCUGCAGGGGCAACCUUGAAGUUUCCUACACAGAGCUGCAGAACAUCGGCUGCAAGAUAGUUCCCAACUGCAACAACUACCGGGAGAAAAUCACCACCUGGCCACCACCGCUGGUUAAGUACCCAGGGGCUUCGGAGUGUGCCCAGGGCUGUGGCUCCGGCUAUGGCCUGGGCACCCCUCCCCCAGGCUCGCUCAUCUCAGGUGGCCCCUCAUGCUGCCAGAUCACCAUGGAGAAGUGA